AUUUAUUCACAUCGCAAAGAGUGCGCUACGCUUGUUGGUACGUGCAGUGAGAGAAUAUCGAUUUACAGAUUUAACAACAACUACAAACCUAAACAACAAACAAAAUGAGUUCCGCCGAGUACUAUCCAUUCAAGUGCACUCCCACUGUCUACCCCGCGGAUCCCUUCGAUCCCGUCGAGGAUGCUGCCAUUCUGCGUAAAGCCAUGAAGGGCUUUGGCACCGACGAGAAGGCCAUCAUUGAGAUCUUGGCCCGUCGCGGCAUUGUACAGCGUCUGGAAAUCGCUGAGGCCUUCAAGACUGCCUACGGCAAGGAUUUGAUUUCGGAUCUGAAGUCCGAAUUGGGUGGAAAAUUCGAGGAUGUGAUUGUGGCUCUGAUGACACCACUGCCCCAGUUCUAUGCCCAAGAGCUUCACGACGCCAUAUCUGGUCUGGGCACCGAUGAGGAGGCCAUCAUUGAGAUACUCUGCACAUUGUCGAACUAUGGCAUCAAGACGAUCGCACAGUUCUACGAGCAGAGCUUUGGCAAGUCCUUGGAAUCGGACCUGAAGGGCGAUACCAGCGGUCACUUUAAGCGUCUCUGCGUUUCGCUGGUGCAGGGCAAUCGUGAUGAGAACCAGGGCGUGGAUGAGGCCGCUGCCAUUGCUGAUGCGCAGGCGCUGCACGAUGCCGGCGAGGGCCAGUGGGGCACUGAUGAGUCCACCUUCAACUCCAUCCUGAUCACACGCUCCUACCAGCAGCUGCGUCAGAUCUUCCUCGAGUAUGAGAAUCUAGCGGGCAACGACAUCGAGAAGGCCAUCAAGCGUGAGUUUAGUGGCGCCGUCGAGAAGGGAUUCCUGGCCAUUGUCAAGUGCUGCAAGUCGAAGGUUGACUAUUUCGCCGAACGCUUGCACGACUCGAUGGCCGGUAUGGGCACCAAGGAUAAGACUUUGAUUCGCAUCUGUGUGAGCCGCUCUGAAAUUGAUUUGGGCGAUAUUAAGGAAGCAUUCCAAAACAAGUAUGGCAAGAGCCUGGAAUCUUGGAUCAAGGGCGAUACAUCUGGCGAUUAUAAGCGUGCCCUAUUGGCUAUUGUUGGAUUCUAAAAGAACUCUCAAGCACAUGAAAUUCCUUACAAAACCAACAAUGCUAUGUCACUGUCGUCUGUUCAAUGCCUUAAGCCAUUCAUACCUAUUGUUAUAUUGUACAAAAUCCAACUAUCGAAUAGUUUACGACUAUAUAUAUAUUUUAUAUCUACUAUAUGAACUAAUUCAAAACUCUGGAACAUGUUUACAAGCAACGCAGUGCAUUUAAGGCCGUACAUCAUGUUUAUUAUUAUACAAAUAAUGCACACACAUGCACAUAAUUUUAUCUAUACAUAAACAAUUUUAUGUAUAUAACGUUUAGCUAUAUAUGUAUUGUAUAAUUGAAAUGCUUAAACGUAUGUUAUGUUUCUCAUUUGUUUGUUCUCAUUUGAAUGAAUUUAAGGCGCAAAAUUUUACAAUUGUUAGUAGAAGAUAAAAACGCAAAAAUAAAA